AACAAAGAUUAUAAUCUCCGGUGCUGCCUGGUUGGGGAAAAUAACAGUAAUUUCGACAAUAAUACACAACAAUCUGUUUUGUUUGUGGGUCUUGGGGAAGUCGACAACUAGCUCCCGUCGUUGCCAAGCCAACGAUUUCGUCGCAAGAUAUAUGCGUCACCAUUUCCGACGCACGUUGCUGGUUAGUUGUUUAGCAAUUAGCAGUUAGCAGUGGAAUCUGUACAUCUUCACAUGGCGAAUGGAUGCAAAGACGUGUUGUUUACUCGCGGAGCUGGACAGAGUGACGAUUCGGAUAUAUGGGAUGACACAGCACUGAUAAAGGCUUAUGACAAGGCAGUUUCAUCAUUCAAGUCUGCCCUUAAGGGUGAAGAUGAGCCGCAAGCCUCCAAGAUAAACCAUCCAGGAAAAAAGCGCAAGAACAACAAAAAAAACCAGAGCAGGAAAAGAACCAAUGCACCACCAGAUAAAGAGUGGCAAGUUGGGGACUCGUGCACUGCGUAUUGGUCAGAGGAUGGCCAGCUCUAUGCAGCCACCAUAUCCUCCAUAGAUGAGAAGAGGGGCACUUGUAUAGUUGUUUACACAGGAUAUGGCAACGAGGAGGAGCAGAACCUUGAAGACUUGCUUUUAGAGAUUUCUGAAGGUGAUGAGGAAACAAAUACCAAGGUAAAUGAGGCAGAAUCGUCAACAGAGGAGAGUGACAGGUCAACCACACCAAACCAACACAAACAACAGCCACACAGUAAACCCCAAAAAUCCAAGGCCCACAAAGAACCUCCUCCUAUGUGGGCUCCUGGUUUCCCUGGGUUUCCUCCAGGCCCACCUCCUAUGCAUGCUUUCAGACAGGGGGGAAGCAAAAGACCUGGUGGUCAUGGGCCUGUACCUCCUUCCUGGCCUCCCAUGAUGCCUUUUGGUCCACCAAUGAUCCCUCCACCACCACUGAUGAGUCCUGACAUGGUGGAUGAUGAGGCCUUGGGCAGCGUGCUCAUCUCCUGGUACAUGAGUGGAUAUCACACAGGAUACUACUUGGGGUUGAAACAAGGACGCAAAGAAGCUGCCAACUGGACAAAACUGCACCACAAAUGAAAUGAGCAAGUCAAGAUUUCAGAGUUUCAGUUACUCAGGGUGUCACCCAGAGCAGCAGCCACCCUCCCUGUUGUGCCUGAUGUGUGUCCUCCCUGAUUCAAAAGGAAAUUUAAUAAAUUAAGUGUACGUGGUGUGAACAGAACAUUCAUCAGUGUUCAAGGCUGGGAGUUUUGUAUUCUUUGUAAAUAGAUUAAAUAAAGGCUAUCAGAGCACAGUUGAUGAUCACUCACUCAAUAUUUGGUGUUUAUUGCACUGUUGCAUUGGCGCACUAUUGUGAAAUGAAAAUGUAUUGGAAAGUAGAUGUGUGCAAUUACAGCCACCUUUUUCAACCAGA